GUCCCGAGCCCGAUCCUUUGGAGUCUCUCCUUUUCGCGACCUCCGUGGGCGUCCCGUCCGGAGUCAGCAGCUCCGUCCGUGCCAUCCGGCAGGCUCGGGCCUCGCGUCUCGCUGCGGCACAGCGGAAGUUUCCUGCGGCGCAUCUUCUGCUCUUGGGCGUCUUCGGCACCUGCUCUCUGUCGAUUUUCCUCCUGCUGGGAGCCGGGCUUGCUGGUUUCGAGGCGUUCGAAGCAAGCAAGCCUGGUCAUCUGCUCGCCAUCCUUGCCCCUCUGUUUGGGCUUCUGGUCUCCGUUCAAGCUUUGACAGCUGCCGUCCUCCGGGAGCUUUCCUUGCCAGGAGGGAGCCAAUUCUUUCGAGCCCAAGACGUCGUAGAGGAGAGCCUUGCCG